AUGCUUGAGCACCUUCACAUGAUCAGCUAUUCAUCAACUGCUGUCAUUAUGAGUGAUAAGAGCGCUUCCUUCGUUUUUGAGACUGCUAAUGAUAAACAUCAGACAGCUGCCAUGGUCAGUCUGCUCCACACCUACGGCUGGAACUGGGUGGGAAUAGUUACCACAGAUGGAGAUUAUGGCCGAUCAGCUCUGGAACGUGUCUGAGCCUCUGAAAAGGGGAUCUGUGUGGCUUUCCUUCGAUUCUACCUCCAGGCUGUGACCAGUCAUGAUGUCUACUCUGAUAUCAGGGACACUGCCACAACCAUUCUCAACAAUCCCAAGGUGCAGGUCAUUGUAUCAUUUGCCAAGUCAACUCACAUGAGUAUUUUUCAGGAGCUGAAGCAUAAGACACUGAGAGCAGGACAGAACAUGGAGUCAAUGAGAAGAGUUUGGGUGGCCAGUGACACCUGGUCCUCUAGCAACUCUGUGCAAGUAAACGCGACUCUGAGGGACAUAGGAUACGUUGUGGGCUUCACCUUCAGAGUGGGAGACCCCGUCAUCAGUGAGACUACCUGAGCAGGCAGGCAGCUGGACGUAUUUACAAGGAAUAACCCCUUCUUGAAGGGAGUUCUAUUGGCAGCUAAAUGCCAGUAAAGAUUUUGAAGACAUACUAAGCUUAUUUCAGAAGCUGAAAAAUCUCAGGAAACACACUAUGCCCCCACUAUCAUUAGUGUUGAGAUGGCUGUCAGCGCCAUUACUCAGACUGUGGCUUUUGUGCUGCGGAGCAGAGACACAAGCACAGGCACAAUGCAACCCCUGGGGUAUUACACGUGUCUCAAACCUGGAGAGUUCAAAAAAACAGCCGAAGGUCAACACACCUGUUGUUAUGAGUGCAUCAACUGUACUGCGAACUGCUAUGAGCCACUGCAGAUGGAUCAGUGUGGAAACUGUGACAUAAGCAGAGAGUGGUCAGCAGAGAGCAGCUGCUGCACCCCCAAAGUCGUCCUCUUCUUCUCCUGGCAGGACAAUUGUGUGGUGCUCCUGACCUUUCUGCCUAGGCUAUCAUCCCUGGCUGUGAUAGUGUCAGCUCUGUUUUUACAUCAGGCGGACACUCCUGUAGUGAAAGGCUGCCGGAGGGCCACUGACCAGGUCAUCCUAUUCUCUCUGGUCAUCGAUUUUACAUCAGCGCCAUUAACAUUUGUCGGUCAGGCCAACAGUUUCCAGUGUGAACAAUAGGUGCUCUUCAGUAUCAGCUUCACUCUGUGCAUCUCCUGCAUCCUGGUCAAGACCCUGCAGAUCCCUGCUGGCCUUCAGUUCAACCUGCACUGCAGGAGGAGGUUUCUGCGGAGGCUCUUCAAGCCUUACGUCAUGGCCAGCCUCUGUGUGUGCAGGUGAUUAUUUUGUAUCUGCUGGCUGGUCUCAAGGCCAUUUCAUCAAGUAGUCAUGCAGCCAACCACUUUGCUGGAGGAGUGUCACGAGGGCUCUGUUGGCCUUGGUGAUGUUGGCUACAUAACUCCCUAAGCGUUUGUGUGUUUGAUCUGUGCCUUCAAGGCGCAAACUUCACAGUUCUACAAUGAGGCAAAGUUCAUCACCUUCAGUAACCACCUUAUCUCCUGGACCUCUUGUUUUCCUCUCUGCGUUACCACCUCAGGAAUUUACAUUUCAGCUGUGGAGAUAAAUGUCAUUCUCAUGUCCAACUUCGGCAUCCUCAGCUGCCAUUUCUUACCAAAGUGCUACGUUAUCAUUUCAGAGGGCAAGGCACCUGAGUGCUUUCCCUGA